AGCAAUUUCUGCGCCAGAACGUCAUAAAUAUUUUUUAUUCUGGCCAUCUGGGUCUUUUAUGAUGUCUCUUGACCAACUUACACAGUUUAAAUUUUGGCUCUUGGGCAAUUCAGAAGGUAAUAUAAUAAUAUUAUGGCAUCGUAAAUGUUUGCGCACACUGGAGCUUUUAACUCUCAGUGAUUUAUAUAUGCGCUGCAUGAGCAAGAGUUGAUUCGCGCUGUCGUGAUCGUUGUCGGUACUUGUACUACCGGAUAGCAUUUUGUCACGUUAGGAUAACAUAUUACAUAAAUGACGCAGUUUUUUUUGUUAUUCAUAAAGCUUUAUUUAAAUAUAAAAAUAACACUUCAAGGGUUUAAUACUCUAUAGUAGCCUAGUACUCUUCAAUAUCCUGCAUGCAUGCGCAUGUCAUAUCAUGCAUACAUCCUAUGGCUAUGGUAUUUAGGCAUUAUGUUACAUGUAUUUUAUAAAGUUAGUCUGUAAACGAAGAAUGCGUUUUUUAAUUCUACCUUUUUAAUUCAACCUUUUUAAUUCUGAAUUUUAACAAAUUUUACAUUUACAAUUACAAUAUUUGCAAUUACGUUCAUAAUACGUACAGUACUACAGUAGGCGUCAGGUUAGGCUAUAUAUAGUGUUAUAUGUUACGUACUUUCCGAAUUAAAACCACUCUUUUAUGGUUAGUGCGUCGAAGAUUGGAAGACAAAAAUUUGUCGCUUCACAACUAGACGGAUUAUAACGUCUCAUGAGAGGAGAUCAGAGCAUUCCGAGGCUGACUUCACAUCAUUUUGUAGCGAACGCGUUGACGCUCUACGCAGUUAAAUUAGUCACUUAUUUUAAGAAUAUGACCUACUGACUUAUCACGAUUCAGUUCAAUCACACAAAAAAUAUAGACCAUAGACAUAGAGUAUAAUUAUUGUUCACCAUACGAAGAUAAACCGGCAAAAUAUUAGUCUACCAAAUUAAAACUGCACUCGGUGCGUCGAUCAUCGAGAAGGGAAUUAGGGAAACAUUUCUUCACAUAGGGGAACAAAGCUUCGCGAGGGGAAUUGAAAGAUAGUGUUUCGCAUAUUUCUACUGACAUGUGUCUGAUAUUGGUUACGCAAAUUUAUUUAUUUAUUAACUUUACAACCAUACAUAAAAUAGAUUAAACCACUACAUAAUAUGGUUGAAGGUAUGGUCAACAGGACAUGAAUAGCCCCAUGUGAAGACCAACCUUAAGUGAAAACAAACUAUAACAAACAUAAAUCAAAGACGAGAACAAAUAUAAAAUUUACAGAAAACAUGACAAAUUACGAACAACAGCUUAAGUUGAAAGAGCGGCACUUAGAACAGAAGGUUUUCCAACACAGGGGGUCCAACUAACAGCUGUGUUAUGAAUAAAACAUAUUAAUUAAACGUAAUAUGAAUAAAACAUCAUAACGUAAUAUGCUUAAAUUAUUGCACUUACUUGUAUAAAUCAUAAGAGCUUGCUUAAUACAGUGAAUAGCUUCAAAAACUUGCUUCGAACGAUUGUUCAAAUAUGGCGAAUAAAUUGACAAAACGAAAAUACGUUUAAUACACGGCCCAGACGUGUAUUAAGCCCCGUUUACACUACGCUCAAUUUUGGUACCGUACCACUUUUUGGUUCUUGGACUACUUAAAUAGAUAGUCCAAGAACCAAAAAAGUGGUACGGCCGGUACCAAUUUUAUCCGUGCCGUACCAAAAAUUGAGCGUAGUGUAAACAGGGCUUUAGUGUAUAGCCGGUAAAUAUCCUAUCAUUAUAGAAUUAUACUACACACUUGGUAAUGAAUUCAAGAAUUUUGUAUUUUAAAAUCAUAGCCUACUUUGAUUGUAUGUGAUCGUUUUAUAUUUCUGGGCGACUUUACACUCUGUCUGCGACUGUCGUCAUAGGUGAUAGCAAUGCUUUGAUUACUAUCAGUCUUACUAUCACCUAUGAUGACAGUUGCAGGCACAGAGUGUAAAAUCGCCCAGAAAUAAAAGACGAUCACAUACAAUCAAAGUAGGCAAGUAAAUAUGAUUUUAAAAUAUAAAAUUCAUUACAAAUUUUACUGUGUAGUAUAAUUCUAUAAUCUAUAAUGAUAUAUUUUCUGGCUAUACAUGAUACACGUCUGGACCGCCUGUGCAUGGUUGUAUCAUGAAUAGCACUCGAAACCAUGCUAUUACCUAUACUACUAGUACUUGCACCUAGGUCCCUUCUCGCCCUAUAUUAAGCAUGAAAAAGAAUUUUUACACUUUACCGAACCGGAGCAAUCACUGAAUACAUACGCCAUCAAAACACUCCAACUAAAAGAACGGAAAAAGCGUCAAAACACACGCCAUCAAAUACUUGCGGUACGGUAAAGUGUAAAGUACCCCAUGAAACUAUUAACUAUAUCAAGUGUAACUUUCUUUGAAAUGUUUUUUAACAUAGAAUCAUUAAUCAUUUAUUAUGGCUGUCACGAUUGAUAAAAUAUUCGGGAAGAUCGGCGAAUUUCGCCAAUAUCAAUGGUACAUCUUGACUUUGAUGGGAUAUUUUCUCCUGUCUGUGGGUGCUCUUAAUGGCAUGAUAGUCGUGUUCAUUACAGCAGAACCAGAGUGGAAAUGUGUUGAUGGGUAUAUGAAUAAUACCGUAUGCAGAUUUAACAAAUCAAUAACAUUAACCAGUGAUGAUUACAAAGCAAGAUGUAAAAUGCCAAGAGAAGCUUGGACCUUUGUAGAUGACUUUACAUCCAUUGUUACCGAGGUAGGAAGGCAACCUAAAAUUCUGUGUGUCAAUUCCUACUAACACAUUCAAAUAAAUGGGAUGCGUUAAGCUAUGUUAGCUGGAGUACAUAAAACCCCGUAGAUGAAUUAAUACAUUAUGUUCAUGGAUCACUGUUCAUCCGACAUUAACAGAUUUUAGUAUAAUUACAUAGGUGAUUAUUGAAAAUUCUCCACACUGAUUGGUUGCCGUUGAGGUGAUUAUUACGCGAUAAUCACCUAAGCGAUUUUCAAAAUGGCGGCCGAAGCCGUUUUGUCAAUUAAAUGACGAAGAAAUGUGUAUUUUUUAUUUUUUUCCAAAUAAUCACCUAUGAAAUUAUACUAAAACAAUUAUUCACCUCAGGCUCGGUGAUUAUCGUGAAUAAAAACCUCGACUUCGUCUCGGUUUUUAUUCACCGAUAAUCACCUCGCCUUCGGCGAAUAAUUGUUAAAUAAUUAUAGUCAUUUUCUGCUACAGUAUGAUCUGGUUUGCGAUGACUCGAUUUUUCUUUCUAUUGCUCAAUCAUGUGGAUGGGUUGGGAUGGUGAUUGGUCUAUUGAUUGGUGGCUAUUUGUCCGACAAAUAUGGCAGAAGAAUUAUGGUCGGUUCAGGUUAUGCUAUCAAUACCAUCGUAUCCUUUAUUGUGGUGUUCCCGAAGUACUAUAUAGUGUUCAUUGUUUGUCGGGUAAUCUUCGGAUUGGGUUCAGGUAUUGCAUCUUAAAUAUUUUAGAUGUAUUGUAAACUGCAUGUGUUUAGUAUAGUUAAUGGUAAAUGUCCAGCAAACGCAUGAAACCUUCCCUAUUUAAACUUUUAGCUUUCUCGGGAUAAUUUAGCUCGUUAUAUCCCAAACGUAUAUUGACAUGAAAUUCACUGCAGUAGAACUAUUGAAAUUGUAGUCUAACUCCAGUGGGGGAAAUUCACUUUUCCCGGGGGGGGGGGGGCAAAGUCUCCUAAAUGUCCGACAAAACUUUCAGAUUUCCGACAAACCCCCUCAUUCGCACUCGAAAAGACCGUUUUAAUUUAUCCCUCUUUUAGGUCAAAAUCCCCGAAAAUUUGUCAAUUUUCCGUGAAGGUGGGGAGGGGCUGUCGCCCCAACCAAGAUUUCCGCCACUGUCUAACUCUAUUUAUUCUUAAAUAUGUAACCUGUAUUUGCUUCUCGUAUACAGUGAUAAUCGCCGAUAUCUCAUAUCCAAAUGACGUCAAUUGACGUCACUUAUAGGUUGCAAUGCUGAAAUAUCUCAACAACGUAACAUGGAAAUUACUGAAACCAACAAAAGCAGUUAUCUUACAGUCAGGGGCGAAACUUGACUACUGGGGGGGGGGGGUUACACCCCCCAAAGCACAAAUCAUCUGGAUUGGCAGGGCAAAUCAUCUGGAUUGGCAGGGCAAUGAAAGAUUUUAAAUGAUAGAAUGUGGAGUUAUUAAGUAGAUUCCAGGGCUUCCAGAGGGAAUUGAAUGCAUGUUUUCAUGCAUGUUUUCAUGCAUGUUUUACAGGAAGUUGUCCGAAAAAUUUUUUUGACCCUUAAUUUUGAUUGGUUUAUGUCCGGAAAAAUUUUUUCGCCCCUUUUUGAAUAUCCGGAAAAAAUGUUUUCGACCUCCCCCCCGCUCGCCAACAUUUUUGGGAGAAAUAGUGGCCAAAAAAAAAAAUGCUGCAGGGCAUCAUCGGCUUUCGCAGGGCAAUUCUAGCAGACACCCCCCUAAUUAAAAGGGGCUAGUUUCGCCCCUGCUUACAGUUUAAUUAAAUAGUUUGUCGUUUAAUAAGAAUAUAAUAAACGUUAACAGUUCUUUCACCCAGUAAGACUCAAGUACCUUUGUUACAGGAUUUGAAAAUUCCUCUUCGUUUUCUCUACUGACGGAGUUCACAACUGAGAAAUACCAUUCGCGGCUUGGUAUCGGAUAUUUUGUGUUUUGGACUGUUGGUCUGAUGAUAUUGCCUCUGAUAGCAUUCUUGGCCCACGAAUGGAGAACGUUCGCACUUAUAACUGCUUUGUGUGCUGCACCUACCUUACUGUUGGUCUGGUGAGAUUUAAUUCAUUCAUUGCUUUACGAAAACAUAUUUUAGAAUCAUUUAUAGAAUAUAUAUAUACACAUAGCAAAUUCAAAAUUUUUACCAAUGGCGUAACUUUGUGCUAAAAGCACCCAGUUAAACUGAAGAGGACCGUCAGGCGCCUGGUCCUGCCCUGGCAUAGCUACACCAAGAAGAUGUAUAAUUAGCUGAAAUACAGUUAAACUUCGCUACUGUUUUAUUCUUGCUCAGAAGCCCCUAAUUGACCUGGGGACCCCGGAUAGAAGCUGGGCUAGAAAAGAGUUAACUACGCCACUGCAGACGCCAGUUCGGGCGGUCAACCAUAAAGAUGAGUAAGGUUGUAAUCGUGAUUGCCUAAAGAACACAUAUUAUAAAAUACACGAAAGAAAGGCGAUGUUCGAUACUUUAAUUGUGUCGGGCACAUUAUUCAGCACCCAACAAGGGAAACUCCCCCCUCCCCCCUCUUCUAUUCCCCUGUCUACAACAUUGACUUUCAGUGUCAAUAUAACCAUUAUCAGAAGAUACGAGUGCAAUAUUUGUGCAUGCAUCUGCAAUAUUGGGGAGGGGGCACCGGCGUCUGGAAAUGUUGGCGACGGGGGGGGGGGGAGAAAAAAUGUCCCGUCAUACUAUACCGAAAUUGCACGUUUUUGACCAAAUUUUUUUAAAAAACAUGGAAAUUUCCAAACAAAAAGGGCACCUUUGAUGUUAAUUUAGUAUUUGCAACGACAUUGGCGUGUACAAAAAGGGCACUUUUCAUAAAAAAGGGUACUUUUAGUCCUUUGAAAAAAUUGGGGGGGGGGGGGGGGGAACGUGCCCUACGCCCCUGACGUGGGAUGUUGCAAACUAAAUGUUGUGGUGUUUCAUCCUUUUCGAAUAAUACAUAUUCUACCACCUUAAACGUUAUCGUUUUUGGAGAGCAUUGUCACUGCAUUCUACCUUUUUCUGCUCCAGGCUGAUACCAGAAUCACCACGAUGGUUAUUGUUAAAUAAUAAAGAGAAGGAAGCGAGAAACCAACUUUUAAAAAUCGCCAAAAUCAAUAAGAAAACAUUACCUGACGAUGACCUUGAAAAGCCUGUUAUUUUAGAACAACGAACUAGCUUUAGGCAACUGUUCUCGUCGUGGAAAGUGGCGAAAAUAACUUUAAUCAGCUGGAAUCUGUGGUAAGUUGGGUUACUAUUAGUUGAAUUCUGAAGAUUUAACAGGUAUUGAAUACGGUUGAGCAUG